GCUUCUGUGGCCAUGUGGAGCGGAUGAAGGGGCUGCGUGUUUCUGAACUGAGUUAGUUUUCGUGAAACUGAUGAUCGGAGUGUUUGCUGUGUAAAAUGGGGAAACCUCCGAAGAAGAAGAGCCUUGCUGACAAAGUGCGGAAGACCAAGACGUCCUCCCAGAUCAAGAACAAUGCUUUUGAAGUGAAAAUCAACAGGAAGAAGUUUGAUGUUCUCGGCCGGAAGAGUAAACAUGAUGUGGGGCUGCCUGGCGUGUCCAGAUCCAAAGCCAUCAACAAGCGGAAAGACACCCUCCUGAAGGAGUUCAGGCUAAAGAACAAGGCCAAUAAGUUUGUGGACCGGCGUUUCGGAGAAUAUGACACCAAGAUGGCACCAGAGGACAAGAUCCUGCAGAGGUUUGCCUUGGAGAGACAGCGCACCCAAGCCAAAAAGGACAUCUACAAUCUGAACGAGGAGGAGGAGCUGACCCACUAUGGCCAGUCUCUGGCCGAGAUUGAGAAGCUGACGGACAUGGUGGACAGCGACAGCGACUCUGAUGAGAAGGGCCUGCUUUCCGCUGAACUCACUGCCUCGAACUUCGGAGGAGGAGGAGGCCUCUUGAGGAAGAAGAGGCCUGGAGAGAACGACGAAGAUGAGAGCCAGAAACAUAAAUCGCGACAGGAGCUUAUCGAGGAGCUCAUCCUCAAAUCCAAACAGGAGAAGAGGGAGCGUCAGUCUCAGAAAGAGGAGGCGCAGGAGCUGACGGAGAAACUGGAUCAGGAGUGGAAGUCCAUCCAGAACCUUUUGGUGCACAAAACCCCCAAAGCGGAGCGCAUGGAGGAGCCUGAGAAACCAAAGCUGGAUGAUUACGAUGUGAUGGUUCGAGAGCUCGGGUUCGAGAUGAAGGCUCAGCCAUCUGAGAAGCUGAAGACUCCGGAGGAGCUGGCGAAAGAGGAGAGGGAGCGCCUGCAGAAACUGGAGGCGGACAGGCUGAAGAGAAUGUUGGGAGACGUGGAGGAGAACGCGACUCAAAAGCAAAGCCACCUGUCGGCCGACGACCUGAACGACGGCUUUAUCCUGGACAACGAUGACCGCAAAACCCUCUCGUACAAGGAUGGAAAGUGGAACUCUGAUGGAGGAGAGGAGGAGGGACAAGAGGGUGAGGAAGGGACUGGUGGGGAGGAGGAGGAGGACGAUGAGGAUGGGGAAGACGAUGGCAGUGGUGUUGAUGACGAAGAUGAUGAAGAAGAAGAAGAUGAAGGCGAAGGUGGUCACUCGGACCUGGACUCAGAUCAAGCCAGCGGAGCUGAAGAUGAGGAGGAGGAGGAGAAUGACGAAGGUGAAGAAGAGGCAGCCAAAGCUAAACCGGCUCUGAGUGAGGAAGAGCGAAAAGCCAUGCAGGAGGCAGCCAAGGCAGAACUUCCAUACACCUUCGCAGCUCCUGAGAGCUUCAGUGAUCUAAAGGCGCUGCUGGACGGUCAUUCUGCAGAAAAACAGCGACUCAUAGUGGAGAGAAUACAGAAGUGCAACCACCCGAGUCUGGCUGCGGGCAACAAAGCCAAGUUAGAGAAGUUGUUUGGUUUCCUGUUGGAGUAUGUAGGAGAGUUAGCCAUGCGGACCCCACCAGAGCUGGCCACGGUCAACAUAUUCAUCCCGCAGGUGUAUGCGCUCUGUCAGCUCUUUCCUGCCGCAGCGCAUAAGGUGAUGCAGUCUUUGCUCGGUGACAGCGCUCACAGCAUGGAGGAGAGUAUAGAGGUCAAAGGUCGUGCUGCGUUUCCAGGCUUGGAUAUGAUGAUCUACCUGAAGAUCGUCGCUCUGCUGUUUCCUACCUCGGAUUUCCGCCACCCUGUGACCACCCCUGCCUUCGUCUACAUCAGCCAGGCUCUGACCAAGUGUCCCGUGACGUCUCUGGAGAGCCUGUCAGCGGGGUUGGUGCUCUGCUCUCUUGCUGUGGAGUUCGUGUCGCUCUCUCAACGUUUCGUUCCUGAGCUCAUUAACUUCCUGCUGGGGCUCCUUCACAUGGCUGUGCCAGCCGACACCUGUACAGGUUACUCAGUGGUGCCUCCGUUCAAACAACAGGGAAAAGCCAGCAAGCUGCUGCUGCUGAGUGAUGCUGAAGCUUCAAACAGCUGGAGCAGGAAAGCCAUCCCCUUAACAUCUGUACACAGGGUUACAGCCAGCACUGAUCUGGAGAAAGACCACUACAGGCUCUCUGUACUGCACACUUGCCUGGACCUGGUGAAGAGAUGCACUCUCCUAUACAGACAACUUCCUUCUUAUGUUCAGAUCUUCCAGCCUGUCCGAACCCUUCUGGCCAAACAUCUCCCUGUUCAGAGCUACCCUUCAUCUCUGCAGGAGCUGCACAGAGAAAUACUGGAGGCCAUUCCAGAAACCCCUUCCAAGCAUGCACCUCUGGUGUUUGAGAAGAAGAAGCCCAUCCCCCUGAAACUGCUGGAGCCUAAAAUAGUGCAAGUACUGGACUACGGGAAGAAACGAGGGAACACGAAGGAGGAGAGGGAGCGAGAGAGACUCAAACACAAGUAUAAGAAGGAGUUCAAGGGAGCUCUAAGGGAGCUCAGGAAGGACACACGCUUCCUGGCCCAGGCCAAACUCUCCGACAUCAUGAGCAGGGAUGCUGAGAGGAAGAGGAAGGUGAAGGAGCUUUACGGUAGUCUAGCCACGCAGGAAGGAGAGUGGAAGGCCCUCAGGAUGAAGAAGAGGAAGUGACGACGCCCUGAACGUCCUCACAAAUCGCUGUUGAUCGAGUCCUGAUGGGCCACAGCUGCACGGCUUAGUUUUGUUUAAACUAAUAAUCGAAUCCUGGAAAUAAACGGGAUGUUUUAAAUCAGGAAAAACGGCUACUCGGGCCUCUGGCUCUGAAGGACACACAGGCUGCUGGACUUCAUGGACAGAUGCAGCCAUCAGUUGUGAUUGGUUCUCUCAGUUGCUGUGUCUUGUUUGCAUUUGGCUACAGAGGAUUUAUUUUGUAUUUUGUUGUGCUUAAAACAAAAAUGCAGUGUUUAUAGAUGUCAAAUUUGUUAAUGACCACCUUUUAAGAUAUAAACUAAGACAAUAACUCAAA